AGUCGACAUACACAAUGAGGGAUUUCCAGAUUUCAAUUUUAUGAUUCACCUCAUCGUCCCCCCGCCUGCCUGCCUGCCUGCCUGCCUGCAAGUGCCUAAACUGGUCUUUUGCCCAUUAAAGGUUUAAGGCUUAUUUAUGUUUAAUACUGAAGUGUUCUGGCUCGCAUGAGCAUCACAUCAGAAAUAACUGCUGUGCUUGUGAAAUUAGCCUGCCAUCUUCAAAACAGUGACAAGAAAAGGUCUGCCGAUACUAGUAGCUCUCCUGAUGGAGUAGUUUUAACAAGCAAUGAAGCAUGCAAUCAAGGAAUUUCUUUGCUGAACAAGUCAAUAAAUACUCGUGAAAGACCUGGGUUUUUAGAUGUUGCACUCGCUUUACUCUGCUAUGAAGCGCGUGAUGUAUGCAAUUCAACGAUUAGAAUUUUGGUGGACACCCUUAUCUCUGCUCUAUUAUCAUCAAUAUCUUGCAAGGUCUUGCUACAGGACCCAUGCAGAAGCUUGGGUGGAAAUGACAGUGUGAGACAAGAGACUCAUUCGAUAUUGCAAACGUAUGGGAUAAUCAAUCAAGUAGUUGAUUCCAAUUCUGAACAACCAUUCAUUCAUAAUGAGAAGUUCCUGCUUGUUGGUUCAUUGAUAUCAUUUGAUGAUUGUCCAAAAUUGGUGGAAGCAUGUCUGGAUGUUCUCAAAAAGUUAGAAGAACAUGGUUAUGCUUCUGGUUUUCUGGCUGAUGCAGUUUUGAGAGUAGCAACAUCAGUAUCCUGCUAUAAGUGCUGCUUCCCAUUAUCAUCCACGGUUUUUGAAAAGUCAACAAAGAGAGGAAAUAGUUCCUUUUUGAACUUUCACUAUUUUUUGACGGAAGGAACUUUGAAAGAAAACAAUAAAGAGUCAUCUAGGUUGCUUUCGUGGUAUCUGGAGCCACUGUCUCUUAAGCAUGAUAUAUCAAUUAUAUUGCACGAGAUUGCUCAAAGACCAUUCAUAUGCCUGAAGACUGAAUUUCAUCAGAGAAAGACUUGGCGUUCAGUACUAAUAAGCUUGGUAACUUCCCCUAUCAUGUAUAUCGAAACAAGGGCACUGUUGCAUAACUGGUUUCUUGCAUCGGGGUCAUCGUCUAUACUGGAGCUUCGUAGUGGACUAGUCUCUUCUGUCUUAGAUAUUCUUUCAAAUCCAAUGCGGUGGGGCAUAUCUUUGGAUAUGGGAUUAAGAUUACCAUUAUUUCAUACCCUCUUUCCCCAUAAGCUGCAAACUCUACUAAGGAUAUUGAGUGGACCAAUUUCAUGCUGCAAUCUGUUGCAUUUGGUCGAUCUAUUGCAAAGCAAUGUUCAUAUUUCGAAACAGUUGGUCUUAGAUGCAGAUCCCCAUGCAUAUGAUGAUAUCAAGCGCACAAACAAAAUGUUGGUCUAUCAGAACACUAUAUGGGCGCUCUUGCUUGAUUUCCCAGUUUGGUUCUACUUUUCAGCCAUGGCACUCUUCCAAAGAGAACAUUCGUUGAAGUGCCAGUCAAAAUGCAAAUCAAAUGCCAGUCAUGAAAAUCAAACUUGUAAUCUAUGUCAAGCUGCUGCAAAGUUCCUUGGGUGGGUCCUGAGUCCCUUGCGGGCAGCCCACAUCAAUAUGGUAAAUCGAUUUAUUGAAGUAUCAAAAUCUUGGAUCAAACUCAAUGAAGCUGGCAUCCAUCGGUCACAUUUUCUUAAGGAGAAAAAACGCAAGCAGUCCUUGAUUGAGAAUGACAUGAGAAACGAGUCCCAUACCCGGGCACUGAGAGGCUGGCUUGAAGACUUCCACAUGCUAUGUGGUGAUUACUGCAAUGAAACUGAAUUUUCUCCUCCUAGAGAGAGAAUUAAAGUUGGACAUAGAUUGAGCACCGGAGAGAGAGUUCCAUUGUCUUGCUCAGAACCUAGUUUAUUGUUUAGAAAGAUACUCUUAGGUGUUUUUGUUGGGAAUGCUUGCACCUUAGAAGACUGGGAUUGCAUGCUGCUGUUCCAUUAUAUAGUGACAAGUAGAAUCCUCUCAUCCAAUAAAAAACACUCAAGGAUCAAACUACUGUCUAAACUACCCGAUAAUCAGGAAUCAAAUGAAUGGUCAGUCAGACAUUGCAUACGAGGUGUUGCUCUUGUGUUUGACUUGGGUGAAAUACUAGAAGACAUGUCACAGGUCAUGUUUGAGGAUGACAGUGAAAGUGUGGACUUUGUUGGCAAAGCCAAAGCAAAGGCUGAAACUUAUUUAUGUAAUUGCAUUGAGCCUCUACUCUUGCAAAGGGAAGGUGACAUGCAAAAUGUGACUAUGCUAAUGGAUCUGCAUUGUAGAUUAGUCAAGUGGACACAAGAAGGGAGAGGGGCCUUUGUUGGAUCUAAUAAGUAUGGCAAUGUCAUUCGAGCCUUGGAUUCCAAAAUAUCUUUUCUGCAAGGGAAAGCACAGACUUUUGAGAUGUAAGCUUAAUGAGCUCAUAGCAGCUUGCCAAGAGUAAAAAAGAUGAACCAUAGAUGUUACUUUGUCAUUAAGGUCCAAAAUGUAAUAUUUAAGAUGUAUUUUAAUAGCUUAAGAUAAUAUGCAUUUCAAUCCCCACUCUUCUAACUCAGAGCAUGUAUGUUGUGCUCCUGUGGGAGCAUACUGUU